GCGUUAGUAGUGGCAAAGAUCUGAAGAAUUUCCGCAUGAUCCAUUUAGUUCACUGACCUUAUUGCUGUGUGCGGAAAUCUUUCUCUUUCAAGCGUCAUGGCCAAGGGUAAAAAAGAUCAAUUUGAUUACCUGUACAAGAUAGUUGUAGUUGGUGACGGAGGAGUCGGAAAAACGUCUUUGCUUUCUUCUUUCACGAGGAAUAACCCGACAUCAAUGUACUGCUCUCACUACAUUGCGGUGACUCUGACCAUUGGUGGAAAGGUGAUAAGAGCUAUGGUAAGGUUUCUUUUAUCAUUGAUGUUUACGUAUUAACCUCCUACUCAAAAAUACCUUAUUUUCGCUGAUGGUUAAUUAGGACUGAUCGAAUAAACCGGCGAAGACUUAAUUAACUUUCAAAAUAAUCUUAAUGUGUACAACGCUUUUUUUGCGCGAUAUUUCCGCAUGUAAUUGCGUAGCGAAAACCACUGUAGACCAAGGGGACUAUCCCAAAGUUAUUCCAAAAGUAGGUUUGCUUUUAAAUUAUAAAACAUCAGAAUAUCCCUUAAUUAAAGAAGUUUUUUUCCUUAUUCAUAGCCUGCAGGGCAGGCAUUUUUUGUCAACCUUUCCCUUGGAAUCUUUUUUUUGGACUCGCCCCAACUCUCGGUCAGUUUGAACGUCCAAAUCGAUCGCACUGCAUGUCUACACACUCUUAACACACUCUUGCGAUCUUGCACGGUCGUUCCCGGUCCUUACCAGUUGUUCAGUGCGAAAAAAGGCUGGAGAAAGUGGCUUGUGUGAGUGUUGCAAUGGUUGCUGGGAAGGAUGAUUCCCUUGAGGCUGGCAAUACGGUUUCAUAUAAAUCUGUGGCAGGAGUGUCAAUGAACGAACGAAUCAAGGUUGACAUUUACUUUUUCAAUUUCGUGGCGGGAAGGAAGCCGGAACGAUAUCUACGUAGUGAAGUUCUGCCCCUGCCCUCCCCCCAAAAAAAAAAAAAAAAAAAAAUCAUCAAGUGCCGUGUCUCAGACAGAGAGAGGGGGGGACCAAUACUGGGGUAGUCCGGGUAUCUUGGAAAGGAAAACAGGUUGAAAAGGGUACUUUAAUAUUAUUGGCGUACACUUCAAGGAAAACGCCACUCAAGGGAAACUAUUAAAAGCACUAAUUCAUCUGUUUACAAUGAAGUACUUUUUAGAAUCCUUCAUAACUUAUAGCACAAAGACGUUUUCCCAGUUAUUUAGUUAACAAACCUUUUAUCUUGUGGUAAGAUUUUUGAUACAGAUGGACAGGAGCGUUUUGGAUGCCUACCCAAAAGCCACUACGAAGGAGUAACUGGAGCUGUUCUAGUCUAUGAUUUAACCAAUCACAGAACAUUUGAGAAUAUUGCAAGAUGGCUGACAGAAAUUAAUGAGCAUACAGAUUCGUCCAUUGCUACAGUGCUUGUGGGAAAUAAACGUGAUUUGGAGCACUCGCGAGCAGUCCACCAAGAGGAAGCCAUUAAAUGUGCAAGUGUAUCGAAAAUACCAUUCAUGGAAACUUCCGCCGUAGAUACUACCAAUGUGGAAAAAGCAUUUGUUACGAUAAUCAAAAAGGUCCACGAGAUUUCUACAGAGAAACAGAGAGUAAAUGGCUGUUCCGUUCAGUAGUAAUUGCGUUAGGG